CGCCGAGGCACCGCCUUCUUCCUGUCCUCCUUAGAACGCUUGCUCUCAAGGUGAUGACAGGCAUUCUGCUUCUGCUUUCACCGCACAUGACAGGGUUGAUUUUUGGGGUUGAGCUCAUUCAUGGUUUGAAUGAGAACUCUGUGGAAGGCGAGGAGGAGGUCCCACGGUCAACCCUACAAGCGCCCCCAACACUGUCGACUUGUACCGUCGAAGUUACAGAGGAUCAGCAGCUGAUGCUCGAAUUUGUAAACGCCUUUGCUGGCGUUGAUCCCAGCGACAGCCAGUCUACGGUGCUGGGGAGUCACUACUUUGAUCUUCAAGUUUAUGUCUCGUACAACGAAUCUGAUCGGCGAUUGUACGAUGUCGAUUUCCACGUGAACGAGCUCACUGACAGGAUGGAGGAACAGACCGUCACCAAGGUACAGAGCAGAGUGCACACAUUCCAAGUCUCUUAUCAGAAGGGCCUAACGAUUUUCCGGAACUUCCGCCCGCUGCUCGAAAGAAACUCCACGAACUCAUCCACACCUUUGUAUGGAAUAUUGCUAGAGAACCAAAAUAGCAGAUUGCUUGUCGCCGAUGCGACGGAGUCGGUUAUUCGAGAGGUAAACCUACAAGAGAAUUCCAAUGAUUCUCUCGCUCUCGCGGCGGAUUCCAUCCUACUGAGACUCGAUCAGCGCGAGUUAGGUCCGUACCGAAUCUCCAAACGUCCCACUCUGGCGGAUUCACAGCCAGAUUCGAUGUACUAUGUGGCAUGGGCAGAUCGAAUCGCCGCCGUUGCCAGCGUGGAUCGGACGAUCGGACGUCCUCAUCGUCAACAUCAGCACUUCGAAUUGAAAACGCUUGCUGGCCCGAGUACUACACCGCAGUACAAUUUGACCACGGGGUUCUCAGAUGGCGCUGAGGGGUCUGAGGUGAGAUUCGAUUGGCCAGGCAUCACCUCUCGCUCAGUCUCCGCAGAUGGGCGUUACUUAUAUAUUGUUGACAUCAGCAACAAUGCCAUCAGGCGAGUGAAUACGAUGACAGGCGCGACGGAAACCAUAGCUGGACCUCCAGCACAGGCACGCAGAGCGGCGAUCUCUGCCUCAGCACCUUUCCCUGUGACCUUGGAACUCCCCUACUCUCUUGCGUUGACACGAGAUGGGUGCAAUCUCUUUGUGGCUGAGGCGCAGGGUGGGGUCAUCCGAUGGCUGAAGUUCGAUCGAUCGGACGGCAACGUCAUCGAGUCGCAGGUGGUGGUCACAUGCAUCAAUCGCGACGGAUCGCAAGCACCUGUCCGUUGCGUCACUCUUUCCGACGACGACGAGUUCCUGUUCGUCGGUGUUCAAGAUUGGAUUUACCACUAUCGUGUGAAGACAGAGCUGCUCCACAAGUGCACUGGGGGAGCACAACGCACUUCAUUGAUCGAUAAUAUCGCAGGUAGAAUGCCUCCGCAACGCCACUUUGGCAUGGUCACGGUUUCCCUUGCUGUUGUCAUGUAUCUGGCUUUGUUCGUGUAACUGUUCGUGCCGAGUCCCACUCUCCACAAAAAAGAAUGGCAAUGCUGAAAGUAGUUUACCUCUUCAAGU